GUCUGUCUACACACACAAACACUGCGCCUUUCACGCCUUCAAUAAAAGCUACUGGUCAAACUUAUAGCUAUAGAAUUCACAAUGGAUGAGAAGAGCACAAUUGACGAGAAGGGCACAAUCGACGAGAAGGACGUCAUACCCGAGGCCCCGCCGCCCUACAUUGCGGCCGCCGCUGAGCAUGGCAUCCGUCUCCGUCAGAGCGCACCACCCCGUCCUGGACCGAGAAAGUUCGAGCUCCCCGUGAUCACACAUAUCAAGGAAAGAAGAGCGAUUCUCGCAUCGUCGUCACCAAGGAGAAAAGCGCUUCUCGCACAGGUCGGCCUCACAAAUCUAGAAAUCAUCCCCUCUACCAAACCCGAAAAUCUGGACAAGAUCGCCCUCGGUCCGCUGGAAUACGUCGCUGCAACCGCGAGGCAAAAGUGUCUGGACGUCUACACGUCGGCGAUCGAGGCGCAGAACAAGGCCAUCCUGGCCAAGGAGGCCAACCCGCCCGAGGACGUCGACCUGGUCAUCUCAGCCGACACCGUGAUCGUGACCCGGGACGGGCGUGUCCUUGAGAAGCCGCGGUCCGAAAAUGACCACAUAGCCAUGCUCAAGCACUUGCGCGACACAGAGGUCCAUCGCGUAUUGACCUCGGUCUGCGUCCUCGCGCCCAGGGAGGACGCGGUUCACCCUGGGUACGCGAUGGAAGUGCACACCGAGGAGACCAAGGUUUACUUUGCGCAGGAGAGCGAGGGACUGCCGGAUGAUGUCAUAGAGUCCUACGUAAAGACGCGGGAGGGUGCGGACAAGGCUGGCGGGUAUGCGGUGCAGGGUCUGGGUGGCCUGGUUUUGGUGUCGAGGAUUGAGGGAAGCUUUGACAAUGUCAUUGGGCUGCCGGUGAGGAAAUGCCUACAGCUGGCAGAGAAGGUCAUCUUUAAGCAACAUGGCCAGUACGACAUCGAGCCAAGUAGCGAGGAGGAAGAUUAAGCCCUUGCCAAGGCAGACAUGAGUGUCAGACAAAGGGUGCUAGAAAUAGAGCCCAGCCAUGGUUAAGCGAUAUGAGAUGAUGAUGGAUGAGAACCGUCGUCGGUGUGGCAUGACGGAAGCCACGGUUCGAUAACUAUGCUAACCGUCAUUGCCAGAGAUAUGUCACCUUUUUGCAGCCCAGAGCUUUCGCGAUCACUAGGCAAAGCUUUGACGUGCUGCCAUUUCUGGAAAGCCAAGUCCGGAUGCGGGCUGAGGAACCGCGAUUUAGAUUACAUGCAUCCGGAGACUGAAAUUUCCGGGCCUGAUCAGUGGCCUUCAUCAGUCAAUAGUCAGCAUGCUCGGCGCUUUCGUUGAUAUUCUUAGUCAUGAAGGUAAAAAGUCAAUGAGGCAAACAGAUGAGACGUUCCGUUGUAUUGAACGUGACUCGGAUACAGUAGUAUCAAAUUGUCUGUCUCGGGAGCCAGAGGUCAUAUCAAAGUCUUGGGCAUGCAUCGAGAAAACAACCAUCUUCUUUCCCAUGUAGUGAGAAAAUGGGCAAGAUGAGUCAGGACUUUACUACUAUUGGAAUGAAUCGCGC